GAUUAGUUUUAUCCAACAAGGAGAGACGCGCGUGGCGUCGUUGCUCUUCAACUUCCGUAGAACUUCCGGGUUGGAGAAAUGGCGGGUCACAACAACAGAGACACAAUGGAGAAUCUCGAGGAUGGAGAAAUAAGUGGCUCGGAUUCAGAGCCAGAAAUGCAUUCAGAUGACCGGCAGCAGAUGCCUUCUGCAGGAGCUUUUUCCACACGGCACUUCCAGAGCAGAGAUCAUCCACAGACCGCUUCAUACGCCACCAGCUACCGUAGCUCCAUUGCAAGCGACUCGAGCGACGGCGACUCGGAGGAAGAGGCUGCAUUGUGGAGGCGAAAGCGUCAGAAGUGCACCAAUGUUCCUCCGCCUGUGCCUCCAGCAGCUUUCGGAGGUUCCGGCGCUGUCGCAGGACCUCCACGCCGCAAAGUGAACAACAUCUGGGGCUCUGUGGUGCAGGAGCAAAGCCAGGAGGCUGUCGCAGCUGAGCUCGGCAUCAUGGGAAUGGAGGGGGGCAUCACUAUGGACAGCCGCCAGUGUGAGACCUACAACUACUUACUGGCACGUAAGCUGAUGGAAAAGGAGAAGCAGGAGGAGGAGCAGGGCAUGGAGACCAUGCUGGAUGGGCAGCUAGAGCAAUACAUGCAGCAUGGAGCACAAGAAGAGAAGAGUGAUGGCCAUCUGAAGAGGAAGAGGUCAGUCAAGGAACGACUGGGUCCUAGAGCUGAGAUGGACUUUAAAGGGAGAUAUGAGAUCACAGUGGAUGACCCUGAAGAUAAAGUGAUUGAUGAAAUAGCACAUAGGUUAAUGGAGCCAAAGAGGGAGUUAAUAGAGCGUGUCGUGAAGGUGAUUGGCACAAAGAAAGCGAUAGAGCUUCUGUCAGAAACUGCAACAAUUGAACAAAGUGGAGGUCUUUACACCAUGGAUCACAGCAGAAGGCGGACACCUGGAGGAGUUUAUCUGAACUUGCUGAAGAAUACUCCUAGUAUUUCUCAGGAUCAAGUCAAGGAAAUAUUUUAUGAAGAGAACCAGAAAGAGUAUAACAACAAGAAGGCAAACAAGAAGGCAGCCAAGCAGCGGCAAAAAUACUUAACAGCCAAGAAAAUGAAGCAAGCGAUCGACACUUUAGACCUGCAGGAGCACGAUGACGUUUCUCGGGAAACGUUUGCCAGUGACACCAACGAUGCUUUGGAGUCGCUGGAGGAUGGGGGUGAGGACCAACCCGAGUCUGCACUGGGCACAGAGGAAGCUCCUGUAAUUUACAACUCGAAUGACCUGGAGGUCUUCUGAUGCUGCUGGCUGUCUUCCUGAGUGACUGUGUAGACAGUGACUAGACAAUAAAGUUUGCUGUCACCAUGUUUAGUGAUGUGGGCUGAGCAGAUUAGAUUUCAUUUAAAGUAUGUGUGUUUGAUGUGGUCAUUUCUUUUCCACCAUUUCAUGCUCCAUCUCUUGUGUGAGUUUGGACAUGGCAAGUUCUGCACUGCAUAAAGGUGUAUGUAUGUAUGUGUGUGUGUGUGUGUGUGUGUGUGUGUGUGUGUGUGUGUGUGUGUGUGUGUGUGUGUGUGUGUGUGUGUGUGAGAACAAGCUCAGAAACCUUAGGCUGCUUCCACACUAGGUGUUUCUCCCUGUAUACGUUCUGUAUGUAAUCUUAUGGGAAGAAGGCAGAAUGUGAUCCUGUCACUGUGGAGCUCUUCUAAAAGUAAAAGAGGAAAGCUCCACUUUUCAGAAAAGUGAUGAGUGACAUCAAACAUGUUUUCAUCAAUCAGAUUUCAGCUCAGGGGCAAGCGAGAAGAAUCAACAUGGAGGACAGUGCUGGUAGAAAAAAAAUAGUUUUGUUAUUGAGUGGAUAUGUGGUGCUUAAUGAUGUAUUCUUCUGGAAAUAUUUCAAUGUUGCUAGAGAUAACAAAUGGUAUCUGAUGUCAGGAACAAGUCCUAGUAUAAAUCUGGCUGAGUACAGUGGUCUUGGAUGCUGUAUGUCUCCCAGGACGAAGCUUCUGGGAAACAGACAGCAUAUUGGUUCAGAGAAGGCACUUCAUUCCUUUCCACUGCUUUUUUUUUCAGUAGACAAAAAAAUAAAAAUAGUGUGAAAGCAGCCUUAUUCAUGACAAAUUUGUAAGAUGAGAGCUUUUAUGCAGUAUACUGUUAGUGAAGUCAGUUACAACGAUGCACUUUUGCUUGCCCACUAAUUUCAUAAUUCUUUUAGUAUUAAAUGGCUGUGCAGCUAAGUUAAACCUAGUCAUACAUUCAGUUCAUUCCCUACUGAAAAUCAUAGUGCAUAGUCCAAAGAAUAUGCUUAAUAGUACUUGUAUAAGUAUUGAUGGCUGAUAUUAUGCUUAAUAUAAAGCAACAGUCUGAGCAACUGUCACAAUCUAGUAGUAAUGAUGCUUCACCAUCUUGCACUUAUUCUGCCUGCCAUUGACUAAUCACAAUGUCAAAUUUGUAUUUGUGAAAAAUGACAGCGUAUUCAGAUACACUAAGCAUUCAGAAUACUCAUCAUGUCAAGUGAGUGUUUUGACGAUGAAUAAAAUGGUCUCAUGUAAGUUUUAUGUUUGCUACUGAAUCCUUAAGUACCGAAUUUUAAAAUAAAGUUCUAUUUAGAAUCCA